CAUAUACCUUCCAUAUUUAUUGUUACAUUACUCCAAGAGAAAGAACACAACAACAAAAAAGAAAAGGUCUCUUCCUCUCUUUCUCAAAGACAGAAGAACAAGAAGGAGCUCUUUGGCUAUGGCUGCCGACGUUAGCUCUUUACAUAGAGUUUUAAGUGGGUACAAGGAUGAUCUAACGGUGGGGAAUGAAUCUGGUGGACCAAAAUCAACAGCUUUGAUUACUAGAGACCUUCUUGGCGUCGGAGUUGGUGGCUCCGCCUUCACCGAUACCAAACAUGAUCAAUCCCAAGAACUUGACCUUGACCUUCAUGUCCCUAACGGAUGGGAAAAGCGCCUUGACUUGAAGUCUGGUAGAGUGUACUUGCAAAGAUGCAAUUCAACAAAUUCAUCAUCAUCAUCCGAUGGGACUAAGCACCAAACCAAUCCAACAGUGGCAAAGCUUCAAGAUUUAAAUAUCCCAACAUCCCCAUUGCCUUGUAAACCUUCGCUAAACCUAUUCGAUGAGAGCAACUUAGAAUUGAAAUUAGUCCCAUCAUCAAGCAAUUACCAGAGUGUGUGCACCCUUGACAAAGUAAAAUCCGCGCUCGAAAGGGCUGAGAAAGAGCCGAUAAAGAAGCGAACAUCACCGUCAUCAUUGUGGAAAUCAUCCUUAUCACCUUCCUAUUCUUCAUCAUCAUCUUCAAUCAAAGAUUCACAAAAAAGUGAAUUUAGUAUAGAGAAGUUUGCAUCACCGAUUGCGGCUGGCUGCCCGGGUUGCUUAUCCUAUGUGUUGAUAAUGAAACAUAACCCUAAAUGCCCUAGAUGCAAUACCCUUGUUCCUAUCAUGCCAGCUGCUAAGAAGCCUCGCAUUGAUCUCAAUAUAUCAAUUUGAGGGACUUCAAUAUCAAAUGCUUAACUAUAUGAUUUUGUAAAUGAUAGAUGAAUUAGAUCUUACCAAAAAUUGAGCAUAUGUAUAUGGAAAAAUGGAUGGGCAAGACCAACAAGACAAGAGAGGGAAAAAUAUAAAAAUAUAACGUUUAGAUUGGUGGGUUUUAUUGGUAAAAGAAGUUGAAAUUCAAAAUUUAUAUUUACGUUAAUAUCACUUUUAAAACUAAUUGUAGUAUUAAUAUAUUUUUUAAA